CUCAAAAAAUGAGUGAUCUACUGCAAAAUGGAUCUUCCCGCUACAAAGAGGAGUUUGUUGAGAUCACAAGACUUGGCAAAGGAGGUUUUGGAAGUGUUUUCAAGGUUUGUAUGACUUAACAAAUGCUAAGCCAUCUUGUUAUUUUGUAAACCCAGCUACAUACGUAUUCAAGUUAGUUGACAGCUGUUAAAUUCUAUUUUAACAACCUCCACAGGUAAAAAACAAAUUGGAUGGACGAGAGUAUGCUGUGAAAAAAAUCCCACUCAAAGAAACAGACCCCGAUCUUUGUUUAAAGGUAAAAGUAACAAUUUUACUGGACAAUGGUGCUGUUUUUAUUUGUUUUUGCCUGCUAGAGGUGAGUGUUGUUAAAUAUCUUCAGCCUCCACUGUAGAAGUGAGUUCAGUAUAGCUUGUGUGAGAAGCUGGACAAGAGAACAAAAACCUGACUAUUUAGGUGUGGGAAAGAAGGGAGAUACAAGUCUAUUCUCACUUGUAUGAACCCCCUGAACCAUGCUUUAAAUACAUCCAGUGUGAGUUACCUGAGUGUUUACCUUUCAACCCAAUGUUUGUUUAGAUACUUUUCCCCUUUAGAAAAGCACUUUCAGUUACCAUGUGUGUAAGAGGGUGGGGUUUAUUAAUGCACUUUUCAACAACAUGCAAACUCUUAAGUCAAAAGUGUAACCCAAUGUCUACUUUUUUUUUGUUAAUCAUCCUAACAGACCUUGCUUGGAACAUAGGUUUUCCUCAGUGGGUUCAAAAGAUCAUGUCUGUAGGAUGUGAGUGGUAGAUUUUGAUUAAUUUUUGUUUUUUUUUGUUUUGUGGCAAUUUUGAUUGAUGGGAGCGAAAAACGUAACCUGUGGUUAAACUUUUUUCUUUUGAGUUCGCAUGUUUUUGAAUAGUGCAGUAAACAAAAAGUGGACACUUCUUACUGCCUGCUUGCCUUGUGAUAUCUAAGAGGAAGACGUUAAUGUGUGCUGUAAUAUUCAAUUUACCCUACCAAUAGGUAUUAAGAGAAGUUAAAGUGUUAGCACAUCUGAAUCACAGUAAUGUCGUUGGAUAUCAUGCAGCCUGGUUAGAGUAUGUUACCACGGACAACGUCAACUCUGCAUUACCUAGUAAGUGGCACCCUGUCAUUUAACUGUCUUGAAAAAGAAAACUGGACUAUCAGUUUUGGAAUUCAAAAAGAAAGCAAAUAGCCUGUCCAGUUCAUGGAUGCUGAUAUAGUAUACAUAUGACUACUAUUUCGACACCUGUGCUGGGGUAUCAUUCAAUGACCGUGUAAACUCAUUGUCGCCAAGCAAUUACUCAAAAAGAUUAAGUAAAUAUAAUUUAUUACACUUAUUUAAAGAAGAGAAGAUUGCAUGGCUCGGAAAAAUUAUUACGUUUCCGAAGAAGGAAGACAAUGAAAGGUUACCAUCUCUUCUGAGGAAUGGUAGCCCAGAGUAGCCCCACGAACCUGGCCAUUUUUGACUUACUUGUCCACUGUCAUAAAUUUGGCUGAUAAGUGUUAUCAAUUAUUUGUCAUUAGGAGUAACCACCCUUCCCACAAGCCUUAAGGAACUGAGUGACAUUUCCUCUCUUAACGGUAUUCAUAGGUAAAGUAUUUCACCUCUAACGACAGACGUACAUUUUUUGUUUUGUGAUAAUUGAUAAAGAUUGAUUUUUUGUCCCGUAAGAUUUUGAACAACUUGUAGUAUCUCUGUUAUGCUUUUCAGAAUAAUGGAAGUGAGUACAGACAGUCAAAGCAGUAUUGUGUUCGAGGGUUCCUCUCAGGAUCCCUCCAAUAGUGGCAUCGUGUUUUCAGCUCAUAGAUCAAGUAUUGACUCAAUUGGAACAGGGAGUCAGCAGCGUAGUUCCCAGGGUAUGACAUUUCUGUUGAAAUUUGUGAUUUGUAACUUAAACUGUUUAUUUCGGCCCUAGAGGAGUGAUUUCAGUCAAAUCCUCCGGAAUUUAUGAUCUAGCCGACUUCGGUAACGAUGCAUACAACGAACAUACAAGUACACUUAAAAUUCCAAUUUAUAACUCAGUCUCGCAUAAAGUGAUUUAAAAAUAAAAAUGCAGAUGAGAGGAUAGAAUGAUUCGUAAAAAUACAAUACACUUUAUUUACAAUUAAAAUGCUACUUUAAAAAACAGAUUAAUUGCAAGUCAGAUCGUUCCAUUAGAUUUUCACAUUGUUUCCUAAAAUAGUAGGUUCGUUCCAAGUUAAGGCGUGUCAGAAAAGCCCCCUUAAUAUUGUCUUAUGGUGAGACAAGUUACUUCAAAUUAUUGCGUUAAUUUAUGGAUUUUUGAAUUCAUUCAUUCAUUCAUUCAUUCAUUCAUUCAUUCAUUCAUUCAUUCAUUCAUUCAUUCAUUCAUUCAUUCAUUCAUUCUUUCUUUCUUUCUUUCUUUCUUUCAUUCAUUCAUUCAUUCAUUCAUUCAUUCUUUCUUUCUUUCUUUCUUUCAUUCAUUCAUUCAUUCAUUCAUUCAUUCUUUCAUUCAUUCAUUCAUUCAUUCAUUCUUUCAUUCAUUCUUUCAUUCAUUCAUUCAUUCAUUCUUUCAUUCAUUCAUUCAUUCAUUCAUUCAUUCAUUCAUUCGUUCAUUCGUUCGUUCGUUCGCUCGUUCACUUAUGAACUCUUUCAUUCAUUCGUUUAUUCAUUCAUUUCUUCGCAUAUUCAUUCACUCAUUCGUUUCUUCCAUUUAUUCAUUGACUGACUGACUCAUUCCUUUCUUCCUUUCUUUCUUUGCAGCCGAGAGCCGUGUUAGAAGGAGCCUGAGAAGCAGUGCUAGUAGUAGCCGUAGUAGCAGGGCCCCAUAUCAUGCGUCACAGCGCGGUAUACGCCGAUCGGCCUCCAGCAGUAGCUUGGGAUCCAUGGCAGGUAUAGAUCACGGCGACCACGUAGAUGAGGAACACAGCGAACAGAGUGAAAAUGCCUUGUCAGGGAACAUCUUAAAAAGUGCUUCAGUCAGCAAGGUACCUUUCAUACAUGAUGUGUUUUUCGUCCUCUUACGAUGUCGUCGUUAUUGGUUACUAGGAACCUUAAGCGACGAGAACGUGGAUGUCCCGGACGUCAAAAAUGGCAACCGGAAGUUAAUAUUUUCUCUCUUUUCAGUGCUCUGACUCGACAAAUUCGUAUAGCGGGACUUAAGACAAAGGCAUUCAGAUACGUUGUGUGAGACAGAAGCGUUCCAUCAGGGUUGUCAAAGGCAGCCAGCUGCCGGCGAAAAUCGCCGCCUACUUGGUUAGUAUCGGCCGGUUACUCUGCUUGGCAUUUCUUCACGGGUGGCGUUUUUUAAAUAAAAUAUCCCUGGACUGGCCGCUUAGUUUGAUAACUCAGCCGUCUACUUCAAAACUUUCUGACAACCCUGUGGAAGUUUCAUCAAACGAGAUAUCGAUCUUCCGGUUGCUAAUCAUUACGUGUGGUACGUUACCGUUCUCGUUGCUCAAGCUCGUUACUGUAAAUUAAUAAAGACCACAGUUAUCAGACUCUAAAGCCCCAAAGGCCUUUGAUCUAGAAACCCAAUAAUAAGUUUGAAACAAAGGAAGACAAAGGUUAUAAAUUGCACCACAACAUAUACAGUUAUGGUUUUGAGAUUAGUAACUGUGUUGAAAGCUGUAAAUAAUAAAGACCAAGUAUAAACAAAGGCCUUUGAUCUAGAAACCAAUAAGUUUGAAACAAAAGGAAGACAAAGUAGCACCACAACAUAUACAGUUUGGUUUUGUGUCGUUACGUGAUACUUCCGGUCAUGCAAUGCUACUCCCAGGAGGGUUGUGUGACCAGGAGUAUUGCUUGACGACAGAAAAAAAUGGUUGCGUAGGAGAAACUAGUAUACGGACUCGUGAUCUUUUAAUUUUGAGAAGAAAAUCGAUGUUUUUUGCUUUUGUUUUUUGUUUUAGCGCCUGGGGAUGGUUCUCUUCAUACAGAUGCAGCUGUGUACAACAACUCUCAGAGACUGGCUGGUAAAACGUAACGAGAAAAUUUCGUCAAAUGGUGAGUGAGCUGUUAGAGGUGUUAUUUUUUUUAAAAAAAUUGAUUCGGUGAAGUCUUGUUUACAUUUUUUGCCUCAUUAACAUAUGCUUAUGCUUGGUCAUUCUUCUGGUACCCUGAGCACGUGUGCUGUUUUUGGAACCCACCACCCGUAUGGAGUUUUGCGUGCAAGCUCUGCUUCUAACUUGAUUCUACCCUUUUUAGGCGAUGAAGUCGACAGAACAGCCGUUAUGGUGAUAUUUCGUCAGCUUGUGAAAGGAGUGCAGUAUAUUCAUUCGCAAGCACUGCUUCACAGAGAUCUGAAGGUAUGCUAAAAUUGCAAAUCUCUUUCCAAAGGCAUUUGAAGAAGACGUUUCAUUUGAAUGGUCAUCCCACAGGAUUGCAUCCACAGAUUCAAAAGUUAGAACUACGUACUAAAUAAAUAGUACCAUGUGAAAGUACUGCUGAAGAGGGUUCACUUGAAUGGUAACACCACAGGAUUGCAUCCACAGAUUCAAAAGUUAGAACUACAUACUAAAUAAAUAGUACCAUGUGAAAGUACUGCUGAAGAGGUUUCAUUUGAAUGGUAACACCAUAGGAUUGCAUCCACAGACUCAAAGUUAGAACUACAUACUAAAUAAAUAGUACCAUGUGAAAGUGCUGCUGAAGAGGUUUCAUUUGAAUGGUAACACCAUGGGAUUUCGUCCACAGACUCAAAGUUAGAACUACAUACUAAAUAAAUAGCAUCAAGUGAAAGUACUGCUGAAAAGGUUUCAUUUGAAUGGUAACACAAUAGGGUUUCAUCCACAGACUCAAAAGUUAGAACUACGUACAAAAUAAAUAACACCCUGUGAAAGUACUGCUGAAGAGGUCUUACUUGAUUGGUCACUCCAUUAAGAUUUUGUCCGCUCACAGACGUCCGCAGAUACAUUAUGCUUAAGAGAGAAUGAGCUCUUGUUAUUCUUCAAUCAUUUUCGUGGCUAAAUUUGUGGUUGUUGUUAUUGUUUUAUUGUUUUCUUCUAGCCAAGAAACAUUUUCCUCCAGGGACACCGGCAUGAAACAGGGGGUCAACCAACUAUUUUCCAGGUUAAAAUCGGAGACUUUGGUUUAGCUCGGAAAGAAGUGGUCGUGAGUCCUGGGGGAAGCAGUCCGCUGGUCAGUUUAAUUGAGCCGCUUACUCCUAUCUUUCCGCCAGGUAGGAAAAUUUUUCAAUUAACUUAGCUGACCUUAAGUCUCAAAAGGAAGGCUCUGUUCUAAUUGGUCACUUCAGAAAUGAGAAGGGGACUGGAGCCGAAAUGCAUCCCGCAGUGGUUUCUGGGAUCGUUUCCAGUUACUGCCCUCUGUAACAGUCCCAUAAGUCCUUGCGAAAUCAAACUUUGCUCAGUUUCCUUCUCGUCUCAAAAGUGGCGAACAGUAGCAUAUUCUUCUCUUGCGUGUUGAGGUAAAAUUUAUGCAAAAAUUCGUGUAACUCAUGGUAGAUCGCAGAAGGGAACCUUAAUUUAGCCUGCGAGCAAGCUGUCUGGGGCGCUCUGGCGGCAGGGCGGGAAAAGGAAGGAGAGCUUGCAGCUACAUCUCUGGAAUUUGAAUAUCUGCAUCGAAAACAUCGAUGCUAAAUUCUUAUUGGCGGAGAUGACAUUAGUAAUGAGGUCAUUACCUUUGGCACGUGUUUUUCAAUGCUUGGUUACAUUCGCACUCGUUUCCGCUUCCCGCUGAUUGGCGGAAAUCUGACAGCUCAGUCGACGUGGAGCCACAGGGGAUUUGAAGGUGGAAUUCAAAUUCCAGAGACGUAGUUACAAGCUCUCCUUCGUUUUCCCGCCCCGCCGCCAGAGCGCCCUGGUGAGCUUGCUCGCAGGCCGGGGAACCUUGAGUUCCGUUCGCCAUUGGCCGUAAACGCUCUCCUUAACCUCUAGUGCGCGUGUUUUUUGGAUGAAACAUGGGCUUUGAGUACGUGAAUGAAACAUCGAGUAUCUAUCGGUCAUUUAAAUAAACUAAUCCACUCCUUUUUCCCAUAAUUUUUCAGGAUUUUCGGGUAAAGAUGCCCCAACAGUCGGUGUGGGUACCUGCACGUACGCUUCGCCUGAACAGCUGAGGAACACUAAUUAUGACAACAAGGUAAAGAACCACCCUUUGAGUUUCGAUUUUUAUAAUAAUCCUUAGUUAACGGCUGUGGCUUUCGAAAUAUUGCUUUAAAGCAGUCCUUUACGGAUUCUGAGUCUUGACUAAGGAAGGCCUUGUCCACACGUAUCCGGAGAUUUUUCCCCAGUAUGUAAUUAUAGUUUAAUUUUUUGCCCGAGUCACUUAGGAGUUCCUCAGAACUUGUUUAAACGUUUCCGUGCGUUCCCAAUCGAUUUGGAAACUGUAAGUGUUGGCUUUUGAGGGGCAGUGGAAAACCGGAGUAGCCGGAGAAAACCCUUUAGAGCAAGGGAGAACCAACCGCCGACGCAACCCACAUAUGGCGUCAACGCCGGGACUCAAACCCCGGGCCACAUUGGUGGGAGGCCUGUGCUCUCACCAUUGCGCCACACUUGCUCACCCUCGUCCACGCGACGAUCGGUGGUUUUGAUUUUUCCCUCCUCAUUUUUCAAGUACGUUUAUUGUUCAUUCGAUUAUUUGGAAGGAUGGAUUAAAGCCUACAAAGAAGCGCGCGCCCUCAGUGAGCAUCUGGACCGGUUGUAAGAGGAGCCAGUUUUCUUUUUUUCUUCGAAGUGGUUAUUACGAUUCUAACACGUCGGUUUUACUUUCCUUUUUUCACGUCUAGGCGGAUAUCUUUAGCUUAGGGAUCAUCUUGUUUGAAUUGCUCUGUGCAUUUGGCACGGAGAUGGAACGAGUAACGAACAUUAAGGACCUCAGACAAGGCAAACUACCUCAGGAGUUUUGUGAUAAGUGGCCUGAAGAGGUAAGGUUUAUUCGGUAAGGAAACAAAAUAUGCUAGUGCCAACGUAAGAGAGCUUACUUAAGAAUCAAUAACUUGUUUGACGAACAGAGCUCUCUCCUACGCAGUCUUGACUUUUGGAAAGCCCCCCUAAGAUGAUGAUGACGAUGAUCGAAACGUUGACCACUUUUAAUGAUGAUCUUGUUGAUGACGGUGAUAAUAACGAUGUGUUUCAUGUUUAAAGCAGCGCGCGCGUAUUCAGAUCGUGGUUGUCUUUGCUUCUUGCAAAACAUCCUUACCAAUUAUUCUACCACUAUGCAUUUUAUUCUUUUUCGCGUUUUAGUCUGAGCUGAUCUUAAAGAUGACUGCUGAAAAUCCCAGUAGUAGACCGACGGCAGAGUCCCUUCUGGAGCUGAGUUUGUUCGAAGAAAAACACGCGGUAAGACAACUGUUAAUUUUGUUGUAAUGCAGAAUAAGACGAGACUGUAAGUGGGCAAACACUAGAAGGUCGAAGGAGACACUCUAGCAGAAUCAAAAACUCCAAGGACUUUGCAAAAAUUUUACCGGCUCAACACCGGAAGGAUUGUUUGAUCCAUCAGUAGUUAGCUUACAUGAAAAUUGCUUCCAGUUUUGUACGUACCCGCCAUAGCCAAGUUUUGUUAGAGUGAAAGCGAAGCUGAAGUUGACUUUCGCAGACUUUGUUUAUCCAGUUUUCAUAUGCAAAACAUCUUCUUCUCAUGCUAGCUUGUAUUGUUCAACAUGGUUUGCGUAAGUAAGGCGGAGACGUUUGUAAUCAAAGGCUAGGUUACUGAGCACUGUGCGUCGCUCGCGACCGUGGUCUCGCAGUUUAUGCUCUAGCGACUCACCAUCGACGAACAAGGAUGUAGUACGCCAGCCUUUGCGAAUAUCAAAUCUCUGUCUGGGGCCCCAGCGGUCAUAGCUUCUAACAAGUAAGAUUAGUUAGAGAGCAGCAAGUUUGUAGAUAUCAUGGUUACAUUUUAUUGUUGCUAACACAUUACUGAAUGUCCCCUUUUGGGUUUUUGCAGCAAAUGGGUCUUCACCUACAUGAAAAAGUCAAAGAGCAGGCAUCCGAGAUCAUUGAACUUAGAACAAAGUUGUUGAAAAAGGACGAAGAGUUAGACUCAAGAACAGCGGAAAUAAUGGAGCUCAGACGACAGUUGAACGAGAGGGAUGAAUAUAUUAAACAUAUAUAUGAUAAAAUGUGUACGGAAUGCGGUCAAAAACUUGCCAGUCAAGUAGAGAAAAUGGACACAGGAUGACGUCAUAGCCAAGAUAGGACUGAAAAAAGAAGGAGCUCCUCAAUAGGACCCCCUAAAGUGACAAAGUGGUGUGGGGUAGGGAUCGUGGAAUAAACGUUGUAUAGGCACCUUUGGUAUUUGGACUUACACUUUUCUG